AUGGUUCGAUUGGAUCCCAAGCUUCACAGGUCAAUAACAGCCAAGAACUACGUCCUCUCCGCGUUGGAAGCUUCCCUCGUACACCUAGAUACGCCCCUCCCGCUUUCCCUGGUCCAGCCUACAACCCAAGAAUUCGUUGAACGAUUCCCCUUGACUGGGUACGCUAUUGACGUCUUCCAUGCAUGCGUCAGCCACUGCACUCGAACACCAGGAAUCCUGGAAUCUACUGUCUCGAUCAUCCUCUCCAAAUUCGAAGAGAUAAUCGACUCACUGGCUGCGUUUGCGGAAUGGGCCUUGAGACCGCCAGCGGAUAACCCCGAUGAACCGUUACCCAGUCAUCCGUUCGAAGUCGACAGGAUGGACUCUAGGGAAGGGGAACUCAUGAGCUUGUUCGACGAUCCGAAAAAGAUUGUAAAGAAUGCUUUGGUCAAGGAGCCCCUACUACUAGUGGUCACCGGCGUCCUCGUGUCAAAGGUCCUACACGCGAUGUGCGCGAGGUCCGCCAGCCUCGAGGAUGCGGUGUUCGCGUCUCCCAAGGCGAUUCGACUCGCGCUUCGGCUGUGGGCAACGCCGGUAGCUAAGUCCGGGGUGGAGACGAUGUCUGGGGUGGAAUCCUAUUGUGACGAUGCUGCGCAUCUGAUGCAGAACCUGCUCAACAAGGAACACGGAUCCAGACGCGACGAGCUCUUCAACCAGAUUCUUGCGUCGCGCGCUCGGUUGGACGCGUUCGUUAAAGCCUUAGUCGGACGAUUCGAUCAGCUGGUUAGAAACAGCGCAAAAUCGACAUCCAAUGUGCGCCCUCCGCCUGAGACAGAACUGGUCUGGCACUGUAUGCGAUACCUGUCCGCAUCCAUCUGCAGUCACCGCAGUAUCUGGAGGGCGCUCGUCAACGCUGGAGUACUAAAAGUGUGGACCAGGGCCAUUGUUAUGACAAUUGGAGAUUCAACCUGCCCCAAACUACUCGAACUAUGUAUCGGCGUCAUCUCAGCUGCUGUAGUGGGGGAAUCUAAUCAAUGGGUCGCCCUUCGAGAUAUAUUCAAAGAAGGCUUACUACCAACCAUUCUUCGGAUUCUUGUCGCCUUCGAUGCUGUCCACGACCAAGAAAAGCUGGCUGCAGCGCGGGAGAUGCCCAGACAGAUCACAAGGUUUGUGUUCAAUGCCAAAGUGAUCGCUGUCCUUUUCCCGAAUCCCGGGUGCCAGUAA